AUGCUGGACGCGCUGGCUGCCAGCCUCAAGGCAGGUGACCCAGCCAAGUUCUUUGGGUCCCAGCAGCACAGGAAGGCUUCAGGUCGGCAGUCGGGUAGCCCUGAGGGGUAUACCGAGUGGCUCCACACUGCACCCGCGGGGACGUCUGUGCACGCGGGCGCUCCGCCUGCAACCUCCAAAGCAUUUUCGGACCUUGUGUUGCUGGCAAGCUGCGAGAUGCCCAAAAACACAGCCAUACAGACUGCAGUCGAAUCAAUGCUCGAGAACCUGGGCCUCAACGUCGCCCUUGGGCCAGCACGAUGCGGCGCGUCACGUCCAGACCUUCCAGAACACAUCGGCGGGAUGAUGCACUUCCCCGAGCCACGCGCAACCAAGCCAGGCGCUGCUGUUGCUUUCGAAGUGGUCGAGUUCCUGGAGAGGAAUUUAUUUGAGGAGGAGCUCCUUGCCCGAAAGCGACAGCUCGGGGGCCGAAUGACCUAUCUCAUGCUGCCGAAGAAUGACCCCAAGCCCUCAGGAGAAGAAGAUGAGGAGGAGGAGGAGAGCAAAGAAGAGCUUUCCGCCGAGAACACAGAUGUGCUGUGGCUGCCGGCCGAGUUCUCCGCAACGCGGCAGCGCAUGCGAAAGCAUUGUUGGUAUGGGUUUGGGGAGACAUCCAGCAUUCGGUCGCGGGUGCGGAAAGGGAGUACCGACUCCGGGAAUCUCAAAGUAGCCAUCUUUGAUGCGGAGUUUGAGGCAGCCAAGGAGUUGAGGGGCAAGGCAGUGCUACCCUCCAAGCUUUGUUCCCUGCUUGCUUUGACCAUGACGAUGGAUGACGACACCUACUGGAUGCAUGACAAUGAGUGCCCAGAAGCGGUUGCUCAGUUGAUGCACAAGAUCUCGGCUUACUGGCGAACCACCCUGCUCAGCAAGAGCGACUCGGAGUUGGGAAUCGGUGCGUCGGACCGAGAGGUCUGGGGAAAACUGCUGCGCCGCUGCCAGGUCAACUUCGAGUCAUCUUGCGAGUUCGCAAAGAUCAGAUUCAACUGUGUGCCCGGGCCGCCGCGCAAGAAGCGAGCAGGGAGUGCAGCGGCGGCUGCACCGGGCAAAGCGCGGCGUGUGUAG